CGUCAAAAUAGAAAAACGUAUGGCAGGACGUCGAAGAGAUCGGACGAGAAAGUCGGGCCCGAGUCCGACAAACCCACACGCUGACGAAUCUGCUUAAAAGGAAAUACUGGUCUCCCCCACCAGGCCAUCUAGAAGAAAAAAGACUGGAAACAACCUCCGUCCAGACUUUUCUACCUUUAACAAAACGAGGAUUGUGUCAUCGUCUCUGCCAGUGGGAAGUCCCGAUGGUAAUCCUUUAAAAGCCCCCACUUACGAGCCGAACGAUACCAAUUAAAUAAUACCUAUUAGUCAGGCCGAGGGGAAAAAAGAAGUCUUUCGCGUUUCAAGUGGGGACAAGGUUUGAUCGUUCUUGAAAAUGAGGUCAUUUACCUUAUCGAAGAAAUCCCUCCUUGAUACGAAUACUAAUCUAAAAAUCAAAAUUCAUACAAGAAGUUUCACAAAGGAAAAAUACAUUUUUUAAUUGUCAAAACUUAUUUUCAAACUGACAUUUUGGACGUUCCGUUUUUAUCAGAAAACGAGGUUUCAACUGUCAACAGUCGUUUUUCGAAUGGUAACCGUCUCGUCGACUCCCGCCGCUCGUGUUCGGCAUUGUUGACUUUCACUUGUAAACAGACCAAGCAGACUGUUUCCAACUUUACAUGCUGGAACGUCGAAAAUGUACGAAGACAGGAAGGCUUACCUCAGAGAUGUGGCCCAUAACGUUGCUGUAUGCAGAAACAAACUGGACAGCAUACUGAAAGCGAUCGGCUGGACGCACUCCAGUCUUCAAGUCCAGGCUUUUGGAGAAUUAGGAAGCAAAACGGACACUUCUGAUGAAGAUCCAUCAGGUGUAAAGGAUGGAAAUAUAUCCAAUCAAGAACAAACACCAUCUGAUGAACCAAGUUGUAGCAUGCUACCUCAAAAUCCUGGUAAAACUUAUUCAGAGCUGGUACAGUCGUUAACGAAUCUACCUAAUGUAAAAAUUGAGAAAAAGAAAAAAGAUACUGAACUAAUGGUUGAAAUGUUGGCAAUGGAAAGAGACGCAAAACGAAGAAGAACAAGUUACAAAAACAAAGUUCAUACUAAGAAUAAAUCUCAUCUGGAGGUUUUACGUGAAGUAGUCGAACAGCAAAUGGAAUUGCUGAAAGGGCCUGACGAUAAUGAAACGCCAGCUGAACCUGAUGACAAACAAAAGGAAACCAGAGAGGACAUGCUCAUCGAACUCAAAGACAUCAGUGGUACUGGCAACCCCUAUCUAGUUUGGCAGAAUGUCGAAAAAUAUCUUGUAAAUAAAGAAUCUCAGGUUCAGAAUAUUGCUAAGAGUGAAAAAAGUUAUAAAGACAAUGAAAAACAUCAGCUCAGAGAAGAAAAGACAAAACGUGAAAAUCACAGGAAACACAAGCAUAAGAGUAGAGACCGGUCACCUAGCAGUCGCCACAGGAAAAAGGAAAGGAAAGAAAGAUCUCGAUCGAGACAUAAACACUCUCCAAGUGCUAAACAUCACAAAAGGUCGCCUUCACGUUAUGAACAUUCACACAGCCAUUCAAAAAAGAGUAGACAUUCAUGAUUAUUGAUUAACAGAUAUGUAAAUAUAGUUGCAAUAAAUAUUUUAAACAAAA